AUGGAGCAUGUCGCGGAGGUCAAGCCCUGCAUCGACCCGCCUAGCAGUGUGAGCCAGUCUGACAGUGAGGAGAAGACGGAGGCGGAGGUGGUGGCGGAGGAGGAGACGGAGACAGAGACGGAGUCAGAGGCGGAGGCGGAGGCGGAAAAGGCGGCUGCGGGGAAGGCGACCGCCGAGGUGGCAGAGCAGGCGGCGGCCUCGGAGAAGGCCCGCCUCGAGGAGGCGGCACGUGUCAAGGCGGACAGACUACGCCUAGAGGAGGCCGCCCGAGCCAAGACCGAAAAGGCGGCGCAGGAAGAGGCUGCAAGGGUGGCGGCCGAGGAGGCGGCUAAGGAGGCGGAGAGGGCGGCAGCGGAGAAGGCGGCUGCGGAGAAUGCGGCUGCGGAGGCUGUUGCAGCGGCGGAGGCUCAGGCUGCUGAGGCGGCAGCUGCUGCGGAGCGUCUACGCCUAGAAGACGCAGCGCGCAAGCAAGCACAAGUCGGGGCGCAACAGCAGCAACAGCAGCAGCAGCAGCAGCAGCCCGUUGUAACAAAGGCGCAGGGCUUCGAUCUGCACCUCUCCGAUCGGAGCAACAGUGGCUAUAAGCACGUGUACGCUGGCAAGCCUAGCCGCAAGGGUCGCCGCUUUGAGGCGAAGGUGCGCCGCAGCGGCGGCGGCGUGGAGCACCUGGGAUACUUUGCCACGGCGGUGGAGGCGGCGGUGGCCUACGCCAAAGCGGUCGCGCCUGCAACAACACCUCCGACACUCCCAGAUCGCUCGCCAUCUCUCGGGCGCAAGAAGCAGCAACAGCAGCAGCAGCCAGUUGUAACAAAGGCGCAGGGCUUCGAUCUGCACCUCUCCGAUCGGAGCAACAGUGGCUAUAAGCACGUGUACGCUGGCAAGCCCAGCCGCAAGGGUCGCCGCUUUGAGGCGAAGGUGCGCCGCAGCGGCGGCGGCGUGGAGCACCUGGGAUACUUUGCCACGGCGGUGGAGGCGGCGGUGGCCUACGCCAAAGCGGUCGCGCCUGCAACAACACCUCCGACACUCCCAGACCGCUCGCCAUCUCUCGGGCGCAAGAGGUUCCGGCCGGACGCACGCACGUACGAGGAGGGAGAGUCGGAGGCGAAGGAGCCAGCGGCGGCGGCGGCGAAAGGGCCGACCGCUGCUCUGGCGGCGGCGCGGGAGAAGAAGAGCGGGGCAGCGCCGAUGCCACCGCUGCCGCGGGGGAGGCUCUAG